UAUCAGUAUACUCAGGAAGGGGUGCGAUUUGCUCACACUCAUACAACCGCCUUGAGAGAAAAUCUUCUCGGAUACCAGUCUCUUAUUGUAAAAGCCACAGACAAGUCAAAAAGAGUAAUUUCUAUGACAGCGGCAAAUGCCAUUAUACGCGAAAUAAAUGAGCUUGCGAAUCCUCGUGAAAACUGCGAGGGUUGCCAAACACAACACCCUUCGCAAAAUCAACACAUGGGUUACAGCGGAUGUCUGACAACAGAACAACCUACGUGGGAACAGUUGUGCGACCAAUACUGGCAGGCAGGGAAAUGCCUGAUUCGAGAGGACAAUGUACAAGACUUAGCCAAACAAGCCGCUGCACGCAUUCCCGAAUUGCAGAAACUGUUUUUACCCGGACUUGUUUCACUGGCGCAGAUUGAUGAUGAUGAAAUAAAAGACUUGCUGUUGAGAAAGGACGAAAUAUGCCACGAUCCUCUAUACCAGAUACUAACAGACAUGUGA